AUGGCGGCCGUCAGCGGCAGCAAGCGCGCAUUUAGCCAGGGGCCAGCAUCUCAUUAUAUUCGCGUGCGUACGCUUAGGGCGGAAGCUAUUACCGGGGCCGAUUCAAUGCCCGCGACCGAGGUCGGGGACCGCCUUAUUGAUGAAAUCGAACUAGCUUUCACGGAGGAAAGUGAAUUACCUCACGUUAUAGAGGCUGGUCAGCGCGAUGACGCGAAUCCAUGGUUACGUCGUACGCAGUGGGCUGUCUACCUCCGAGGAAUUGACCCGCAGCACCUUAUUGACUACGUCCACGCACCUAACGGCGAUUCAUCCGAUCCGACUGAAAUAGCGGCAAGUGCUAUAUGGGAUACAAUAGCUACCGUCGCGAGAAUUAGCCAGUUAGUUUGCACGAAAACUAGCUAUACAAUUCGCACUAAGGCCGUACGGACGGAGCGCGACCGACUGCCGCACCAGCCGCUACAAGCUUAG